UUUAACCCCUUUCCCCCUCCUCCGGUCCCAGGUUGCCGAGUCCUCGUCACUGGCGGCUGACUGGCAGCAGUAGGCCACCGUCAAGGAGAGUCGCGAGAAUGCAGAACAAAAAUAAAUAUCGAGUGUGAAGAACGAAUAUAUAAAUAAACACAAACACUAAAACACACGUCUCUUUUUACGUGAUUUUUUUUUACUUCUGGAAAAUUUUCAGUGUGAAAAUUAGUGAUGAAAAAGAGUUUGUAAAGACUGAGAAUAGAAGAUGUGAUGCGCAGAUACCCAGAGGAAUACAAUCACAACACUGAACAAUCCUAUCUGAGAAAAACCCAAGAAAUAAGAGAAAGUGAGGGCGAGAGAGAGUGUACGGGAGGGUAGAAACAAGGCCAGAGGGAAGGAGGGAGAGGAGAAGGAGGAGGAGGCAUGAUAGCCCACGAAGUGACAGCCUCUCUGUACAUACAGACUAGAACCAGCCAGGCACAGGAGCACAUCCCAACCGCAACUCACAACAAUAACAACGGAGGAGCUAAAAACCUAAAUGCACACGAGAAAAAUCAUCCCAUAGUGUGCCAGACCGUUCGGCGACGCUAUGAGGAGACAAAUGUCUCGCAGGACUUGGAAAGAAUAUCCCAAGGCCUCCAUUUCGGGCACCAGGUGUCAAGACCCUCCAGGAUCCGCUUGUCGUGGCCCCAGCUGAGUCAAAAAUCUCUGCCGUGGCCUGACUGGAAGACCCACACCCAAAAGUCGCUAGAAUGGGUGAAAUCGGUCCAGUGGAAACCUGACUGGCUAAAGGGCUCGAAUCUGGAGGAAGAAAUCAUGAGUGCGUCCAGAACUCUGAGAAGUGAGUUGCGGAAAGCGAAGGACUCCCUAACCAUGCAUCGUGUUCCUAUCGGCGAUUGGCUGAGUUUGAAGGACCAGGUGUUGGAAGGAUCUUUCGUGCCCUCCCAGCCAGCCCCACCACUACCGCCACCCCCGCGCAUCAGAAGGCGAUGCGUGCCGUCGGUGGUGGUGUACGACACGGGCCUCUGCACGCGGGAGGAGGAUGACCCCGCCCACGCAGUGCUGUACUUCCGCCCCCGCCACACGCCCACCACCGCCCGCACUUCCCUGGCCGGGCAGCUGGCGGGCGUGGUGCACUUCUGCCGCCAGGCCUUCGACACGCCCACGGUCGUCCGCACUCGCCACGCCCAUGUCGCCUUCAAGGACUACGGCCGCUUUGUGUUGAUGGUGUGUGGGCGUGGAGGGGAGUGGGCGCGAGGGCGUCUCCUGGAUGUGUGUCGACAGCUGGACGCCGCCACGGGGGGUCUGCCGCACCUGUGGCUCACCUGUGGUUGGGACCAUCGCCACUUUACUGACAGGUUGACGGAGGUGCUCGACGGUCUCCUGCCCAACGCUAUUCCUGACGCUGACUUUGGGGAAGAGGACGGGGAGGCAGCAGAAGGUCCCCUCGGAUCCUCCCCCAAUACUACUCCCCUCAGCACCCCCUCUCCUGCCACUGAAGCCUCCGAACUGGGAGCACUGGAGGAUGACACAGAGGCCAGGAAGCGAAUGGGAGAGCUGGAGGGAGAAGAGGGGGAGGAAGGAGAGGGAGAGGCACUAAAACGCUUGCAUAGAAUCUUCAACGCUGUUCCCUCCGUCCAGCUGCCAAAGAGUGGGGGCGGCGUGUUCCUGAAGGCGCAGCAGGUGGUGGAGGCAUGCCAGCAACAGCCAGGAGUCCUCGCUGGAGCUACCAUGCAUAAAAACAGGGUCCUUAACACUCAAAUGGACAGCGAGCUCACCCAUGUCCUGGCCUCGCUGCCUCUCCACGUCUCCAAGGGCGGGGUGCUGGAAGAGCGCAAUGUGGACUAUCGUCUCCCCGCGGAUGUUCACUUGCUGAAGCUGCACGUGCCCGCCCAGACCCACGCCGCCCUCCGCAAGCACAUGCCCAAGCCGAUGCCUCGCCGCGGAGAGCGUGGCCUUCACAGCGAGGCAGCCUCCAUGGACCUCGCCUCUCUCCGCUCCGUCCUCCAAACCCGCCAGUCCCUCCACUCCUACCCCUCCUCCCUCCCCGUCGCCCCGGAGGUCUCACAGGAGAGGUCUGCCAGUCCCCAGCCCCAACCACCACCACGAGGCCCCAGCCUGCUGGCCAGAAUCAGUGGUGGGUUGGAGGCAGAGCUGCGGCCUUCACAGAGUCUGCCUGGCUCGCCCAGGAAGAUUCGUGUGGCUGCCACGCUGCCGGAUGUGGGUACGAAUUCUCCCGACUUGCGUUACAAGGUGCUGACGGGUCGCCGGCCGCGUCCCCCCGCCUCCUCCCACUCUACCCCUCGGAGGAUGCCUGGAGGGCGUAAUGGCAUUCCUAGAAACCACGAUGGAUCGAGCAACGGAUUUAACGGAACUUCCAAACGCAGCCACGGGCUGUGUCCUCCCAGCCUGACGCGCGGCGAUAAGAGGAACAACAAACUCAUCUCUGAAGAUGGUGGCAAGAAUCCUUCUAAGCUCGGCUACGACUCGGAGAAAAGCGAAAGUGGCUUCGAGGAUGGUGUUCAGUCCGAUAGUGAAUUAAACAUCAAGAACACUAAGAACAAGCUGAACCUCCACCUCGCGCCGGACAAGAUCAACCGACCGAGCCACGAGAUCGAACUGGACGGCCUGGGCCAUGAUGAACCCAAGAUCAGGCGGGAGAUCAACGGGAACUUGUCCAAGGACGACAACCCCUCCAGCAGCCCCAACGGCAACCUCCCCACCCUGAAGACGCAGCUGCAAGACCUCAAGGACGAGUCGGACACUUCGAGGAGCGAGGAAUCUGACAUCAGCGUCCUGGACCUCAGCAAGUAUGUCGAGACCAAAGAGAACGGAGACCGGCAGCUGGCGGAGGCCGUGAAGGGGCUGAUAGAGCUGACCUCCCACAGCGACGAUGAAGACGCGCGACUAGGCCAGGGGAGCGGGUCUGCUGAGCUGAGAGAUUCCGGGGAUGAGGACAACUCGGCAGAGGGUUGGCGUGCCCUCACACUAUACACUCAGAAGCUAGGUGACACCGUGCUACACUUGUUGCUGUCCUCUGCUGCAUACUCUAACCCGCAGCUGGUCUACACCCUGUGGCGCCUCGGCCUCUCGGGACUGGAGGAUGUGCAGAAGGCCGUGGAGCGAGCCCUGGAGGUGUCAGAGGGCGGGUGUGGAGGCGACGCCUUCAUCCAGUAUUCCUACAGCGUGCUUUCCGCCGUCACGCCCUGCACCCUGGAGCACAAGCUUAUCUCUGUGGUGCACGAGGACUUCUCGAGCCAUCGCGACCUGAUGGAGGUCACUAUUAGGAGUGAUGAGGCAGUGAUGUGGGGACACCGGCACAGCAACACAGAGACCUUCUACCAAGUGAGCGCGGCGCCCCGGCCCGGUCUGCCGAUCCCCUCAGACGUGAUGGCGAAGGUGCCUCACCGCGCCCGUCGUCGUCUGGACCGCGACCACAACAUCACGCUGCUCUAGGUCACGCGGUACCUUUCAGGAGGGUCAGGCAACUCAGAAGACAACCCAUACGGAUCUUCCUCCUCUUUUAACAGGGUUGUGAGCGAGGCGGUGGUGCUAGAGCCACACCGUCAAGCAGGAUGAGUGGAUAUCUUUUUUUUUUUUUUUUUUUUUUUUUUUUUUUUUGUCUGGUGGUGGUGAUUAUGGUCAUCAGUUCAGAGGUGCUGAUUCCGCAGGCUGGUGUCGUCAGCCGGAAGCAAACAGGGUAUGAUGAUGCCGUCAGUGGGUGGGUGUUGAGUUAGAGAUGGUGGUGUCUAGCAGUGGUGAUGGUGAUAGAGGUGGUGAUGGUGGCGUAACUUGUCCCUGUAUGCAAAGUCAGACCCGUCCUCCCCUUCUCACCAGAGCCACCUCAUCUCCAUCAGUAGCAGCAGCGCCACCACGUCACCACCACAGUAAUACUACACGUUAAUGGAGCGCCAUGUCCGUAACUGUCAUGGUCUGCCCUCCUCGCCGGGGCGCGGGAUCUGGCAAGGCCCUGGUGCCCCUGGCGCUGUGAGACGGUGGGAACAAGGACAUGAACCGACCAAUUAUGUCUACUUUAGUGACCCCUUUGUGCCCUCAUUUAUUGUGUACAGUUGAACAUUGAUAAAUUUAUUACCUAGUAUUGUACAGCAGUAUUGCCAAGUAAGUGUGUUGCUUCCUCUGAUGUUUAUAAUGUUUUCUGUUUUAUAUUGGAACCUUCCUAUGUGGGAUUAUUGAUGAUAAGCAGAGAUUAUAUGCCAUAUGCUUUAAAAUUGGUGGCGUGAAGACAUUUUGGCCGAACAGUAAAGGUGGAGUGUCCGAAGACUGCCCAGCCAAGUCGUAAUAACCCGGGAGAAGGAUUGUUGCGGUGCGUCCGUCCGCCCAACGAUCGGCGGGGCGGAGAGACACGUUCAUUGUUCAUCUUUACCACGAGUCCUGUAGCGUCCCUGAGUGAGUGUUAUUUUAACGCCUUGGAGAGUCCCGCGGGUCUGGGUGGCAGGGGAGGGCAGAGGGCCGCGCUAGUGCCCACCGUCAUGACAACACACGGCAAACUUCACGAUGUGUCAUUAUCACACUAAAGUCAUCAGGAAAUUCAUGAUAACUUACACUUAGCAGCUCACUUGAUUGACACACACACACACACACACACACACACACGUGGACUACAGAUGUCACGCUGAACGGCUCUUCAGUGGCCCCUCCAUCUCCAGGCCGCGCCACAAUGACCCGCACGACUCCAACCAAGUAGUCCACCUCGUCCUGCCAGUCGGGGACACGCGCCGGGCACACGCACACCAGGACAAAUUAACCUUAUAUUUUCAUGUUUUUUUUUUCUCUUUUUUUUAUGUACUGUAUUCGAUUCUUUCAAUAAUUUUACAUUGGCCGAUUAUUCAGGCUUUUUUGUGUCUGCUUGAACCUAAAAAUCAGUCCCAGGAUGAGUCGCCCAAAGACACGAGUCCCCGGCUGGACGUGGUCAGUGAGUCCCUCCAUGUCAACACUCGAGUUCGCGCGUGAUCCAAGCAAGUCAGCGAGAGUCGCCAAAGAGAGUUAUGUGAUUCCGCGGCCACUGAUUCGGAAAAUGAUUAGCUUAUAUUUAACACUUCGUUGCGUAACCCAACGAAGGAACUGAUGUUUGCCUCUGUUAAAGUAAACUAACUGUAAAAUUACCAAGAUUUGACAGAUGUUAAAUCCACGUAUUGCUUUCUAAAGACCGUGACAUCACUUGUGCCACACACGAACGUCGAGAACGAGUCGCAAGAAUCCGGAGCUUAACUUAAGGUAUGGCUGCCCGUCCACCCGUCCCCAGCCCUCCGCCUCUCCCUCCCGCCCACCCUCCCGCCCCCCCACAUACUCCACGGCAGGAGGAGAGAGGAAAAGAUCAGGUAGGGCUUCCAGAGGCCAGCCGAGGGAGGCCGUAGGUGUGGGCGCGAGGCUGGGGGAGGGUCGCGGGGGAGGUCCUGGGCUGACCAAGCCUCGUCCAUUCCCAAAGUCCAUCCAUGUGCCAAGUUGUUCACCUUCUCCUCGUCCUUCCCUACCUACCUUUCCCGUUCCCUGACCUUUCUACUAUUCUUACUGUGUCCCUUCUGUAGUCCUCCUUUUACCUUUUCUUAGUCUUUCUUCUUUGCCUCCAUCUCCAUCUCUAGUUCUCCUAAAACUCUCUCCUUGCCCUUAGGGUACUUAAUUUCCUUUCAUCGGUUCUUUUUUUCGGUAGCAUACAUAGCAUUCAUUCCUCGUGGUGAGUGUCAGCCUACCUGUCACUCUUCCUCAAAUAUAACUUCCUUUCUCUUUUGCUCAUCUUCUGCUGCCCUUUCUUUCCACCUCCUUAUUCCUGAUUCCAAGUAUUUUUUAGCGUCUCACGGACUCUUCCUCUUAGUCUCCCAGUCUUAGAAUCCUUCCCGAAGUCGUCAGGUCCAUUUCCACCCCACCCGUGGAGAACGCGGCUUCCCCCAUGCCUUGGAAGAAAUCAGAUUUUGAAGUGACUGAACCCCAAACCUUAGCAAGUGAGGGUCAUGUGAAGUUGAUCAGGUACUGAGAUACUUAAAUUGAUCCCUGCCUUGUAAAUGCAGAGCUGCCCAGUUAUUGGAAAUAAUUGGCUCUGAAAAGUUAAUGAUAUAUGACCAGGAAAAAAAAAAAGUAUGUUGGGUUUAUGCCGAGUUCUCCUGGCGGUGGCGUCCUCAGCUUCCUCCCUCCUCCCACCUCGCCUGUAGUUCCCGGUGGUCAAUGAGAACCUUCCUUUCCGCCACGCAGGAGGUCACGCUUCACUGCAUCGCUGCGCCACCUCGCGGACUAACCUCAUUUUUGCCCUUGUUAGCGUUAGCCCCUGAAGCUGCUCGAUAGUCAUAUGAUGUUUUACUUACCAAGAGAUUCUUUCGUUUUUCUGUUCCCUAGACGGAAUUAUUAUCGUUACAUAUGCAGUAGGAAAUGUUUUUUAUGUGGCCAGUAAUACUCAGCGCUUCAAUCUGUUGACUUGUGACUGUGACCGUUUAGAUCAACCUUUACUUUAACCUUCCCUCCGUCACCCAGUAAGGAUUGCUGUUGACUGCUGUUAUUUUCCGUGCUCGAGGGUAUAGAUUUUUGCUGGUUUUACGAAGCUGUUUUGCCAUCAGCCAAGUGGGAGGUAAGCGCCAUAGUCUUCUCUGUUUUGGGAAUUAACUUAAGCUUCUCAGGAGGUGAAAAAAAUAUCCUCAUAUCUCCUCUACUUCGUCUGGUCCCUCUAGUCUGACCCCUGACCUGACCUCCUGCCAGUGGGGGACCCUCGAGGCUCCCUAAGGUUUCCUGCCCUGCGAUGUUGCUCUCAUUGGGGGCUUCAUUCAGGCUCCUCAGCUGUUGCUCCCGUGCCCCUGUCACCUGUGUCUCCACUAUCCCGGGCUCGUUGUGUCCCGAGGACCCUCCCUGUAGUGUCCUCAUCUGGCUUCCUCUCGCCUGGGUCCUCCCUACAGGGGUCCCUCUCACUGGCAGCUUUCCGUGUCAUGUACAACUUCUUUAUAUUGUGAAUUAUACACAAUGAAUAAAUUCCUUUGAUUUA